GAUACCGAUAGCUAGUACGUGAUAGCUCCUUCAGUAACCACCGAACCAUCCACGAGCCACCGCCGCUGGCCUCGCGCAACAUGCUGCCGCCUCACGUCGAGAUGCCGACCACCAGGGCGGCGGGCAUCAAGCUGUUCGGCAAGGUCAUCACCACGCAUUAUCAGCAGCAGCAGCAGCCGCCGCAGCCCGUGCGCCACGCGGGCGCCGCGCCGGCGUCGUCGGGGCGCGGGAGCGGCGGCGGCCCCGGCCCCGACUUGCUGGAGGAGGUGGCGCGGGCGCGCGCGGCGGCGGCCGAGGCGCGGCUGCCGUGCCCGCGCUGCUUGAGCCGGGACACCAAGUUCUGCUACUUCAACAACUACAACGUGAACCAGCCGCGCCACUUCUGCCGGGCCUGCCACCGCUACUGGACGGCCGGCGGCGCCAUCCGCAACGUGCCGGUCGGCUCCGGCCGCCGCAAGAACCGCCCGGUGCUGCUCCCGCCGCCGCCGCCGCCGCCGCACGCUGCCACCGCCACUACUACCGGCAGUAGUGCUACUAUCAGCGCCGACGAUAGUAACGACCGCCGCCGCUCGGCCUCGGGGUCUCCUCCUCCGGUGUUUACCUCUGCGUUCACCGCGCCCUACUACCUCGGCUCGCCCGCCCAGUUCGCCACGUCGUCGCCGGCUUACGCCGCUGGCGCUGCCGGCCCGCCGGGGACGGCGGGGCAGUGCUUGUGGCUGGUGGCGGCGACCACGACCACGGAUCGUUCUGCUGCAACGGAGACCGCGCUUUUCUGAUAUGACGUGAAUGAAAAAAAAUAAGAAAAUGAAAUGAUGUGAUUUCGCUUGGUUGCUUGCUCCUCGCGCUCCGAGCAUUUUCACGGAUCCGGCCAGCCGGCGGUUUGGGUUUGACCUGCUGGUAACAAUUUCGAGUGUGCAUGUUCGGGCUUUUUAUUUAUUUUUAGGUGUAGUUGUGUAAUCGUCCAGGUGUCUGUUUCUAACCUUUUUCUUUUGACUUAGCAUCGAACUUUUGUAAGCAUCAAACUUUUGCAACCUUUUCUUUUGACUUGGCAGCAAACUUUUUGUGAAGGUUGUGUAAGUCCUUUUGGGGAGCUUUUGUAAGCUUGGGAUGUAAUUUAACUUGACUAGAAA